CUAAGAGCUUACCACUUCGUUGGUAAAUGGUUGCAGCUACUUGAAAAGGGGAGUUAACGAUCAUGGAAGAGUGGCAAAUGAUGUUGAAACAGAGCAAAUUGUCCUUGAUGAAGAAGCUGGGUCAUGCAAAGGAAGAAUGAGUUCUGUUGUGCAGAUGAGGGGUUCAAUACCACUUUUCUGGUCUCAAGAAGCUUCAAGAUUCAGCCCAAAACCUGAUAUCAUCUUACAAAGAUAUGAUCCAACAUAUGAGGCUACGAAGAUGCAUUUUGAAGACUUGGCAAGGAGAUAUGGAAACCCCAUCAUUGUACUUAAUCUAAUCAAAACAGUAGAAAAGAGGCCAAGAGAAAUGAUGCUGAGACGCGAAUUUGCAUAUGCUGUUGGGUAUUUGAAUCAAAUUCUUACCGAAGAACAUCAGCUGAAGUUCAUACACUGGGAUUUUCACAAAUUUGCGAAGAGCAAAUCUGCGAAUGUGUUGGCAGUUUUGGGUGGUGUGGCUAAUGAAGCCCUUGAUUUGACUGGCUUUUACUAUAGUGGGAAGCCUUUUAUUAUCAACAGACAAGUUACUCAAAUCAGCCGGACCAACACUGGAAGGGAAUGUUCUUUAAGAGAUUUGAGGCCUAGUUCAGGGGACUUGCCCAGGGUUGGUAGUGGUAAUGAGGUGUUUAGUUCAUUGGGCAAGCAAGAUAGAGAGAUGGAUAGUAAUAGGCAAGUCGGCAAAGACAACUGUGCUAAGGAUGCACCACGUUUUCAAAGUGGAGUACUCCGUACAAAUUGCAUAGACUGCUUGGAUCGAACAAAUGUAGCCCAAUAUGCAUAUGGUCUUGAAGCUUUGGGUCAUCAAUUACAUGCAAUGUCAUUGAGUGAUAAGCCCAAAGUGGAUGCCGAUAGCAGCAUUGCUGGUGCUCUAAUGGAGAUGUACCAGAGUAUGGGUGAUGCCCUAGCACAACAGUAUGGUGGCUCUGCAGCCCACAACACAGUUUUUCCUGAAAGGCAGGGAAAGUGGAAAGCUACAACCCAGUCAAGAGAAUUUCUGAAGUCUAUCAAGCGCUAUUAUAGCAAUGCUUAUACUGAUGGUGAAAAGCAAGAUGCAAUUAAUUUGUUUCUGGGCUAUUUCCAACCUCAGGAGGGGAAACCUGCACUUUGGGAGUUGGAUUCUGAUUAUUAUCUUCAUGUUUCUGGUGUUGGAGAUGACCUUGUUCCAGAGAAAGGGUAAACACUUCGUGACAUAACUACACAUUUUAAACACUGUUUAGAAAUUCUUGAGAUUUUUUUGCUUUCACUGUGCUUUCUAUGUUGCUCGAGCCGGGGUCUCAUGGAAACAGCCUUUCUACUUUCAAGUGAGGGUAAGGUCUGCGUACACACCCUCCCAAGACCCUACUUUCAUGGGAUUCUUCUACUCGGUUGUUGUUGUCUUUUUUUCACUAUGUAAAUUGGAAAUGAUGAAAAUGUUCCGAUAUUUUCAAAAUUUUCAUCACAAUUUCCAUGUUUUGAAGUCUCUGAUACCAAUGGGUAAAAAAUUUCUCUUGAUCCU